AAAGUCAAAAUGGCGUCGCCUAGUCUUUCGCCUCCCUUUCCCAUUCCACUUGGUGCAAGAAGAGCAACAGUUUCGUUGUAGUGGUGUUUUCUUCAUCGCAAAUCAAGAUGCAGAACGAAGCAGGAGAGAAUGUUGACAUCUACUGCCCCAGGAAGUGUUCCUACACGAACAACCUGAUCUCGGCCAAGGACCACGCCAGUGUCCAGAUCAACGUCGCCGACAUCGACGAGACCACUGGUCAUGCCACUGGCACUUUCAAGACCUACGCCCUGUGCGGUGCCCUCCGCGGAAUGGGUGAGGCUGAUGAUGCUCUCAACAGACUGGCAGCUCAGGAUAAAAUCACGCACGGACUUGCUCAGUAAGAUGUACCAGCGGAAAUAAACGUUUUUUGAAAAAGAAA